AUGGCCAAGCGCAGCAAGUUACUCCAGGCUCUUGAUGCCCACAAGGGCCGAGACUACGAUGCAGAGAAGCAGAAGAAACUAGCCAAGGCGGCGGAGAAGAGAAAAGCGACAAAGAAGACGAAUAUAGGAGAUGAUGAGAAUAAGGAAGAGGAGACUGUUGAAACAAAUGGCAAGGCCGAGUCGGAGAAUCCGAAAUCCAAGAAGCGCAAUGCUCCUGAAGAUGCAGAAGAAGACGAAUCAAGCGACAAUGAGGAUGAAGAGCAGGGACAAGGUGAAGAGUCUGAUCAAGAGGGGGCUGGAGAAGGAGAAGACAACGAGGAAGACGAAGAUGAGGAGGAGGAGGAGGAGGAGGAGGAAGAAGAAGAAGACAUUCCUCUGUCCGACUUGUCCGAAGACGAAAGAGAGGAUGUGGUUCCUCACCAGCGCCUCACGAUCAACAACUCUGCUGCUAUCAACGCAUCUAUCAAACGCAUUUCCUUCAUCACUUCCCAGACGCCGUUCUCAGAGCACAAUUCCAUAGUCUCGAAAGAGCCGAUCGAAGUCCCCGACCCCAACGACGACCUGAACCGAGAGUUGGCUUUCUACAAGGUUUGCCAGGCUGCCGCUUCCGAGGCGCGUCGCCUGUUGAAGAAGGAGGGUGUUCCGUUCACUAGGCCCGGCGACUAUUUUGCGGAGAUGGUCAAGACGGACGAGCACAUGAGCAAGAUUAAGAAGAAGCUGUACGACGAAGCUGCCGCGAAGAAGGCCGCUGCGGAAGCCCGCAAGCAGCGGGAUCUGAAGAAGUUCGGAAAGCAGGUACAAGUUGCUAAGUUGCAACAGAGACAGAAGGAGAAGCGCGAGACGCUCGAGAAGAUCAAUGAGUUGAAGAAGAAGCGCAAGGCUGAUAAGUCUGGCGUUACGGACAAUGAUAACGAUCUAUUCGAUGUCGCCAUCGAGGACUCUAGCAAACCCGACAGCCGCAAGCGUAGUCGCGGCAAUGAGAGCGGCGGACCCUCACUGAAGCGCCAGAAGAAGAAUGAAAAAUACGGCUUCGGUGGAAAGAAACGGCACGCCAAGAGUGGUGACGGUAUUUCUAGCGGAGACCUGCGUAACUUCUCGGUCAAGAAGAUGAAGGGUGGCUCCAAGAGACCUGGGAAGAUUAGGAGAGCGGCGGCAAAGGGCCGGUCGUAA